GACAUAAGUCAUAAGACAUUACAGAAACUAGAAAGUGACAGUCGCGUAAAGGUUACUGGAAAACAACAAAGAAAAUUAAAAUAACAAAUUCAUAGGUACUUAAAAAGAUAACCAUUUUAAUUACUUAGUGCUCUGACUAAUUCCAUCUAUACUCUUUAAAAAUAAAACUAGACGUGUGACGUCGAAUGAAGGGAUCGAACCAAGGUUUCAAAUUCAGACUAUUUACAAAUUUCAAAAAUUGUUAUUGAAUACGUUUCGUUGGACUCCGUUAUGUCUUCUUCAGAAGAAAAUCAACAGUCAGAUAUAGAAGUCGCCCCGAAAACAACGCAAAACAACCAAGAAAGUGCGCAAGGUCAACAAACAUCAUGGUCAGCGCCUACAUCCUCGACGCUUCUUCAAGUAAAAGAGAAAAUGCGACGUAAAUUGCAAUUUUUCUUUAUGAAUCCGAUCGAAAAAUGGCGAGCUAAACGGAAAUUCCCUUAUAAAUUCGUCGUUCAAGUCAUCAAAAUAGUCUUGGUAACACUCCAACUUUGUUUAUUUGCUCAUAAUAGAUAUAAUCAUGUUAAUUAUACAUGGGAUAAUAGGAUUAGUUUCUCCCACUUAUUCCUACUUGGUUGGGAUUCCACAAGAGAGAUAAAUGCCUAUCCACCUGGAGCUGGUCCUUUGGCUGUUUAUAAAGUUGAUGAGUUUUAUAAUGCAUUAGAUUAUGCUUAUGCGGGCUAUUCAAACUUGACUAAUGCCAUUGGACCAUAUUCAUACAACGAUGAGAACAAUAUUAAACCAAAUCCAAAGUUUUGUCAGUACUAUUACAAAAAAGGCAUAAUAAAUGGAUUUAAUGAAAGCUAUGAAUUCAAUUCUGAAAUUCAAUUUGGCUGUACCAACUUUACAAGCGCAGAAAAUAAAGUUUUUAAAUCUCGAGAAUUCAUCCAGAAUGCAGGUGUAGAGGUGGAUUUUGCAGCUUUAGUUAGAGCUGAAUUGUGGUUUUCUUUAAAAACAAUAAAUUUCAGAACUGCCGGACCCAUAACACCACCUGAUUGCUACAGAUUCGAUAUAAAGAUUGUUUUUGAUAAUGAAGACCAUGACGGUCAAAUGUCUUUAAACUUAGAGGCUGAACCAUAUAAGUUAACUUGUAAAGGAGAUAAAGACUAUGUCACUGAUAAUCGAAUAGACCAAAUACUUAGGAGUAUUUUAAAUAUAUUAGUUAUAGUCAUUUGUAGUGCAUCUCUUAUACUAUGUAGCCGUGCCAUUUAUAGAGCUCAACUACUAAAAGAGCUCACCGUACAAUUCUUUCGACAAGCAUAUAACAAAGAACUUAGUUUAGAUGGUCGGUUAGAGUUUCUCAAUGUAUGGUAUAUAAUGAUUAUCAUCAAUGAUAUUCUCAUCAUUAUGGGCUCUGCAAUAAAAGAACAAAUUGAACGUAACCAAUUUACGAACGACCAGUGGAAUAUAUGUUCUUUAUUCUUGGGUGUAGGAAACCUGUUAGUUUGGUUUGGAGUUUUGCGUUAUCUUGGCUUCUUUAAAACUUACAAUGUUGUUAUCCUCACAUUGAAAAAAGCUGCACCUAAGAUAUUCCGUUUUUCAUGUUGUGCUCUCCUUCUCUAUGCUGGGUUUACAUUUUGUGGCUGGCUCGUUCUAGGUCCCUAUCAUAUGAAAUUCCGUUCGUUAGCAACUACAUCUGAGUGUUUAUUUUCCUUAAUAAACGGUGACGACAUGUUUGCUACAUUCUCAAUAAUGUCUAAAAAAUCACCAAUGUUAUGGUGGUUUAGUAGGGUCUAUUUGUACUCAUUUAUUAGUUUAUAUAUUUAUGUAGUUCUAAGUUUGUUUAUUUCGGUUAUAAUGGAUGCUUAUGAUACUAUUAAACAAUAUUACAAAGAAGGGUUCCCAAAAAAUGAUUUACAGCAGUUCAUUGGAGAAGCAAAUGUCGAAGAAGUUUCUUCAGGACUUUACAGAACACAGAGUUCUUCAUCGCUGAAUGAAGCUAUGAAUUCUUUAUUCUGUUGUAAUUUUUAUCGGAGAGCCUAUUCUAAAAUAGGCGGUGGAAAUUCGAGUCUCAAUUUAUUAUAGGUUUUAUUAUUUAAACAGUUUCAUAUGUAUCAAGAAACAGGUUUUGUAAAUAAUUAUAUCAGUAGUUGAUAAGCUAUGUCUUUUGUAGAUAAAAUCAGUUAACAAUUAUUAUAAUUUGAUAAAGAUAUUAUUGUAAAAUAUGUAUAUGUGAUUAAGUUACCCUAAAUAACCAAAGAAAGUGUGAGAAACAAUGAAAUAUGCAUAAUAAAAAUGUCUUUUUAAUCUAUAUUUAGAAGUAUUGAUUUGGCAUUAGAAGCAGCUAAAAGAGCAAGGAACAAUUAUAGGUAUUCUAUUUAUAAAUGUAGAUAAUAUGUUUAGUAAAAUUCUAUUAAAAAUGCAAGUUUGCAAGUAUUUUUACAUUAAAUUGUUUUUGAAAUGG